CGUGGUUCAGCGACCUCUGCGCUUCAUCAGUGUAUCAUCCUUUUACGACUCUCCGUCAAUUUUCUACUAUUUUUCUUCUUCUAUUUCAUCUAUCUGCAGCCUUGAAAUUUUGUUUUGCCACAAUUAUACAGGUGGGCUGACCCGUAUCUGAGGGAAGUGGUUUCCUCGUCUCAGUCUCAUCGAACGCCAUGAGUACCAUUGAUUCCCGUCCUGAAAUGGACAACAAACCAUCUCGAAGUACAUCAGUGGACGGGUCAGAUGAUGCACAGUUGACUAUACGCAUACCCAACCCGAAAGUCUAUAUGGCUCGCCAGUCGCUUUGGGUGGGACGACGUGGUAAACUUCGUUGCGAUUCUUGCCGGGCACAUAAUUUGAAGUGCGAUAGGGUUCAGCCAAGCUGCAAUCAGUGCACCUGGGUACCAGGACGAGAGUGCAAAUAUACUCCUCUACCAACUCCUGCUCAUCGAGGCAUUCCCAGAUGCGAUUCUUGUCGACUGAAUAAUUUGAAGUGCGACAGGAAUGUCCCUGUUUGCGAUCAAUGUCAAAUGGAUAAUAAUCCCAACUGUGUUUAUUCGCCUAAACGGAGGAGCAAGACGUCUACGACAGAGACGUCUGUGGCUUCCAUUGCACCAAAAGCCAAUGCAGACCAAGAUCCACCACCACCACGGGCGCCUAGCUCUAGUGCACCAUCCUCGUCUAUCCGUGCAGAGAGCAGCAGCCGGGCGUCAGUAUCUAGAACUGAUGUUGCACCACAGCAACGGUCACAACAUUCGACUCCGUCCGCCUUUUAUCACUCUCCAUCAUCGGUGUCAUUCCUGAAGAAGGAUAUGCCCGCGAUGGUAAAAAAUCGUGUCCCCCUUCAACCAUGGUCCCAUCCAUCCAUCCUUCCGCUACCACCUACAAUCUUACAGGGAUUGAUGAAGGUCGAUCCGGAACAAAUGCCCGUAAAGAUGAGGUUUGAAGAUGCGUUAGACAACUUCCUCAAUGGUCUUAUACCGAACCUUCGCGAUACAGCGCCGAUGUCUCCAGAAAUGUAUUCUGCAGUUGCCAACUACCUGGCGGGGAAGGGAGUAACUAGGUUUGCAUCUCAUAUCCGCGAAUGGAUGGCACAUCAUCAUGUUCGCUCCGGAUCGAACAAGUACAGUCUUCUUCUCAUUCCUCGUGACAUCGUUUUUCAAUCGGCCGACUGGGACGAGGAAACCCUUCUUCGUCAGUAUAGAAACCACACAGACGGAACUGGGACUGCUCCGCUACCUUCCGUUGAUGUUGAUGCGGCCCCCGACAAAGAAGAAGGGAUCGCUGAUUGGCGGAACGCUUUUGAACGUGUUCCCGUUCGAAGCCAAAUGUGGGAUAUCUUGACGUACACACACCGCAAUCAUUCCGCGUCGUACGAAAUGCUUCGAGAACUUCGAGGCUUAUAUUUCGCGAAUAUCACCUGGCCAAUGGUUGACAUGUUCAACAGUCUCUGUCCGCAUUGCACGAGCAGGAAGAAGAUAUCAUCUUCCGUCCAAGUAAAGGGAGAGUCUGAGAGACAACUAGAGAUUGAGUAAACGCAUCGUAGCUGUAAUCAUUGUGUAUCUUUAAGACGUAUCUAUUGCAUUGUACAAUCACAAUCCAUGA